UGAAAUUACAGUCGCGCGCUCUGAGGUAACAGCUUUAGUCUGGGAGAAUCUGACUUGAGUCUAGCAGACACAUCCACUGGAAAGAGAAGCAGUCACGGGCUUUACGCGGAGAGACAACACUUCAGAAGGCUACAGGUUUAAUUGUGUCACCGGGCAGCAUGACGGAGGUGCUGAACAGCUGUGACUCUGCGGUGGGAGACUACAGUGUGAGCGGUGCGUCUGAGGAGCAAAGCAUCUCUUUUCAGAUCUUCCCAGACUCCCAUGAACGGUUCCCAAAGCUUUCCAAACGCUUGCCAUCCAUCGUGGUUGAACCCACUGAGAGCGGGGAGGUGGAGAGCGGGGAACUCCGCUGGCCUCCUGAUGAUCUGAGCCCUACAGACGAGCCCAGAGACAAACAGGCCCAGGCUGCAAGUGACAAGGCCACAGAAGACAGCCAAGAGGUCGCGACAGAAAACUAAUGGGCGAAGGUUGGCACCAAUCCAGCCAGUCACUGUGAAUGUCUUCAGUAUGGACAGGAGUGAAUUGGAGACUCCACCAGUUAGGUCUGCUUAUCAUCCACACUAGAGCUGAAAAGAGGCCUGAGAGACUGCCUUAACUGAGCUAGCUCACGUGCCAAACUCUAGUGGUAGUCAGCUUGAGUUGUAAAAGAUCUCCAUUAACACCAUGAUACCCAUUAGAAUUAUAAAUUAUAGAUUGGCAUUCAUUUAUGUAUUUAUUUGCUUUGGACCAAAGUCUUUCAUUCCUUCCUAUCAAAAGGACAUAGCUUCAGGAUGUUAAUUCAAUGUAUUAUAUCAGCGUAAAUUAAGUGAAAAUGGAUUUCAGAUAACAUGUAAAUGAACUAAAGUGCACAAUGGCCAGCGUAGAUUUCAAACUCUACGCCAUGUACAGUAGAUCUCAGCUCGUUUUCACGUUCACCUAGGGUUUUCUUCUUAACAUGCUUUCCAGAUUUGUACUUAUUCUUUGGCACUUGCAUUAAUCCUCUGUUCUUCACAUCGCUGCUGCUUAUUUACUAGUGUCUGUCCGAGCUGCUGUAAAUGUAGCUUUCUUUGCCUUAGACAUUUAUUUGUAGUUACACUGUAUGUACACCAUCAUUUAAAUGAAAUUACUGUUCGCAUAAAUGUUCAGACGGUCAUUAUUUUCCCAUUAUAUGUAUCUGUCACCUUCCAAAGGCGAAACUCUUUGGUGCUUCAGAGUCAGUUGAAUAUCACUGUAUUCUGUAAGUAUUACAGUAUUUGAGUAUUAGUCUUAAUAUAUUAAUUAUCUGUCUGGGAAUGGGAAUGAAUGCACCAAAGUAUCACUUAGCAUUAAAGGCAGUUAUUUCUA